AUGUUCGGAGUUUCUGUACUCGAGAUUGAUGGGGAUGACUUUAUUCCUGAUGCCUACACUGAUGAUAUGGAUUUUAUAGGCAUUGGUCGUAUCCUUAUGCAGCCCACGCGGGCCCAUUCUGCUUUUGACAUAUCUGGAGUUUCCGUACUAGAUGAUGAGUCAGUCUUUGAUGUCGUUACUUCUUAUUUUACUUCUGUUGAGGGAGCGUCCGACUCUGUGGACCCACCUCUUUCUUCUGACACUAUGUCCGGGUUUGUCACCCGCUUUGAUGAUAUUUCUGAUGGUAAUAAUGAUAUGAGUAUUUUUGAGUACUUGACUGUGUCACAGUAUCUUCCUUUGAUUGCACCACCAGCACCCACGACACAUAUAUAUGAUGUUGAUGAUAUGGGAGAUACGGAUGACCCACUGGGUGGUCAGUCAGAGUUUGAUUCUGACACAGAGGAUGAGAAAGUCACACCCAUUUCUGGUAGCACAGAGUUGAUAGAUUUUGGGGCACCAGAUCAGCUCAAGGAGAUCAGGAUUGGCUCUUCUCUAUCUCCUGAUGAAAGGAGUAGGUUGAUUGACCUGCUCAGGUCAUACUUGGAUAGAGCUGCUACUACUCUGUUCCAUGAUAUGAUGCACACAGAUGUCGAUGUAUAUGUGGAUGACAUGAUAGUGAAGUCCCGAGACAGGACAGAUCACUUAGCAGCCUUACAAAGGUUUUUUGAGAGGAUCAGACAGUUCAGGCUGAGAUUGAAUCCCAAGAAGUGCACCUUUGGGGUGACUUCUGGAAAAUUGCUGAGACACAUUGUUAGUGAGAGAAGUAUAGAGGUUGAUCCAGAGAAAAUCAGAGCCAUACUUGACAUGCCUGCCCCGAGGACUGAGAAAGAGAUCAGGGGAUUCCUAGGCAGAUUGCAGUACAUCAGUCGUUUCAUUGCUAGACUGACAGACAUUUGUGAGCCUAUCUUCCACCUUCUGAGGAAGAAUCAGCCUACAGUUUGGAAUGAUGAUUGUCAGCGCGCUUUUGAGAGGAUUAAGGAGUGUCUCCUUUCUCCUCCGAUUUUAGUGCCUCCCACACCAGGACGUCCUUUGCUUCUGUACUUAUCAGUUUCAGACAUGGCCUUAGGAUGCAUGUUAGCUCAGCUUGAUGAUUUGGGGAAGGAGCGUGCCAUCUAUUAUUUGAGUAAGAGGAUGCUUGAGUAUGAGUGCACGUACAUUAUGAUUGAGCGCCUUUGCUUGGCAUUGGUUUGGGCCACUAGGAGACUUAGACAUUACAUGACAGAGUAUUCUGUGCUCUUGGUCUCACGAUUGGACCCGUUGAGGUAUCUAUUUGACAGGCCUGUUCUGACCGAUCGUCUAGCUUCUUUGCCAAUAUCCGAUGACAGAUCGGUUGAUGAUGAUUUCCCUGAUGAGCAGAUCGUUUUGAUGACUAGUAUUACGGGAUGGCGGUUGUACUUUGAUGGUGCUACCAAUCAGUCGGGGUUUGGCAUUGGUAUCUUGUUGAUAUCACCACAGGGUGAUCAUAUCCCCAGAUCAGUCCGAUUAGCAUUUUCUGAUCAUCACCGAUUGACGAAUAAUAUUGUAGAGUAUGAGGCUUACAUUACAGGUUUGGAGACUGCACUUGAUCUUGGCAUUAGACAGUUGGAGAUCCACGGGGAUUCCAACUUGGUUAUAAAGCAGACUCAGGGUAUCUGGAGGACACGGGAUGAGAAGCUGAAACCCUACCAUGCUUACUUGGACCUAUUGAUUGAUAGAUUUGAUGUGUUAAGGUAUAUACAUCUGCCCAGGGCAGAGAAUCAGUUUGCCGAUGCAUUAGCCACCUUGGCUUCUCUGAUUGUGAUCCCUGCGGGGGUGAAUGUUAGGCCAUUGCUGAUUGAGACUAGGUCUGCACCAGCUUACUAUUGUCUGAUUGGAGAGAUAGAGGAUCAGAUUGAGCUCCCAUGGUAUCACGAUAUUUAUCAGUUUCUGUCAUGCGGCACUUACCCAGAGUCAGCCUCGGCCAAGGAUAGGAGAGCAUUGAGACAGUUGGCCACCAGAUUUGUUGUUUGCGGGGAUGCGCUGUAUAGGAGAUCACCUGAUGGCUUGUUAUUAUUAUGUCUAGACCGUGCAUCUGCAGAUCGAGUGAUGAGAGAAGUUCAUGCAGGGGUUUGUGGCCCACACAUGGGAGGUCAUAUGCUAGCACUAUGGGGUAUUGAUAUUAUUGGGAAGAUCUCACCCAAGUCUUCUAGCGGGCAUGAGUACAUUUUGGUUGCCAUUGACUAUUUCACCAAGUGGGUGGAAGCUGCUUCUUAUGCUAGGUUGACAGCGGCCAGAGUGGCCAAGUUUAUCAGAUCGCAUAUUAUCUGCCAAUACGGGGUCCCUCAUGAGCUGAUCUCAGGCAGAGGGGUGCAUUUUAAGGCGAGGUGGACACGUUGA